CAAACGCUCCACGUCUAUGCACUUCACGCCCUGUCUAAGCCUAGCUUGUAGCUGCCAGUUGGUGCUUAAAACAUCUGUCUGUUUCUUUGGUGUUUAGGGAAAAUGUCAGGUUUAGUUAAAGCAAAAAAGUAUGACUGGAAGGACUCAAACUUGGCGCUCUUUGGCUCCGAUCUGGAAAAGAAGGUGAAAAAAGCCUCUGCUGCAACAGAAAAAGCAUGGGAAAACGCUGGUCAAAGGCCUGGGAUUCAAAUUUGGCGAAUUGUCAAAUUUAAAGUUACUCAUUGGCCCAAGGAAGAUUAUGGAAAGUUCUUCAGCGGCGAUUCCUAUAUCAUAUUGAGAACCUACAAGAAACCAAACACUGAUGAACUGUUGUAUGAUUUACAUUUCUGGAUUGGUAAAUAUUCCACUCAGGAUGAAUAUGGAGCUGCAGCUUAUAAAACUGUUGAACUGGACAUAUUUUUAGACGACAAGCCGGUACAACAUCGCGAAGUACAACAGCAUGAAAGUCAAAUGUUCAGGAGUUACUUCAAGGAAAUUACAGUAUUGAAAGGAGGUGCUGAAACCGGUUUCCGCCAUGUUGAGCCGACGAAGUAUACACCAAGACUUUUCCAAUUUAGGCGUGAAAAGGGAUCAGUUGUGGUCAAGGAAGUAGCUUGCUUUCAAGAAUCUUUGGAUUCUGAUGACGUGUUCAUUUUUGACGCUGGUUUAGAACUGUUUCAGUGGAAUGGUAAAACUUCAAAUAAGGAUGAACGUUUUGCUGCCUUGCAAUACGUACAAAAUUUGAAGUCUGACAGAAAUGGACGUCCAAAGGUGGAAACACUGGAGGAAGACAGAAUCUCGCCGAAAAACCCCUUCAAUACUAAAUUACCAACCGGUGGCAAACCAAGAAAGAAGAAAGACAGGGAUGUUGUCGACGGCCCAGCAGAGAAAAAAAUGUACAAAGUUUCAGAUGACAGUGGUAAACUUCAUAUACAGUUGGUUUCUUCCGGAGAUUUAAGGAAAGACGAUCUUCGCUCUGAAGAUGCUUUUGUUGUUGAUCAGGGUAAUCAUGUUUUCGUAUGGAUUGGAUCACGUGCUAGUGAAGAUGAGAAGAAGAAUGCCUUGCCAAUGGCUCACUUCUAUUUGCAACAGACCGACCAUCCUUACGCACCCACCACUGUGAUUGUUGAGGGAAAAGGCGAAUCCAAAGAGUUCGACAGCGUUUUUGAAUAGAUAUUUUUGCCAAUUUUCUAAAAUGAAUUCUUUACUUGCUUGUUGGUUCUUCAAUGUUGCUGUCCCAAGCUUGGUGCUGUGGGAGGUAAUCACGAAGUCAAUAGUAACUUUAAUAAAACAGUUAAAUAGAUCCAUUUUAAUGCAAAUGGCCAGGAAAUAAUUAUCAAAAUAAACGCAUU